ACUCUCUCACUCAAAGCGAAAACUCCACUUCUUCUCCCAUCCAGAAGCGUUUCCAUGGCGACGAACCCAGCCCCAUCCGUCUCCCUCCACACCAAAUCCGACAUAGAGAAGAUCUUCAACCGCUUCGACUCCAACGGCGACGGCAAGAUCUCCACCGAAGAACUUGGCUCCGUCCUCCACGCGCUUGGAUCCUCCACCGCUCCACCCGAUCUCCAGCGCAUGAUGGCGGAGAUGGACUCUGACGGUGACGGAGCCAUCGAUCUCAACGAGUUCGAGGACUUCUUCAUCCGCUCAAGCACCGAAGAUGGAAAGCACCGCCCCGACGGUGGAGAUCUGAAGGAUGCGUUCGACGUUUACGAUCUGGAUAAGAACGGGCUGAUAUCGGCUGGGGAGCUCCACCUGGUGCUGAAGAAGCUGGGGGAGAAAUGUACGUUCCAGGAUUGUUCGAGGAUGAUCGCAACCGUUGAUUCGGACGGGGACGGGAACGUGAAUUUUGAAGAGUUCAAGAGGAUGAUGACGAACGGAAGAUCUCCUUCAUCGCGGUGAAUAUGGUUUCUAGACUCCUUUGAUAGUUAACUACCACUUUGAAAUUUCUUUGACUCACUCCACACGUGUGGUACGCUUGUGUAUGGGUUUCCAAUGAAUCCAGACCAUCCAAAUUGUGGA